AUGGGACUUGUUCUGAUGACUUCUUCCUCAUUCCUCAGUGCCUUCUUUUCUGUCCUCACAGCCUCAUCUCCUAAGUCAUUUCCUCCUCCUGGCUCCUCUUCUCUAUCCUGUCUGGGCCCUGACUCGUCUUCUCCCAGAAGUCCUUGGCCAGCCUUGGCCUCAGGGCCCAGCAGCCGUAAGCGGGUUACCUUGCUGCCACCCUUCCUGAGUGACCAGGCACAGCAGGUGCAGGCGCUGGGGACCUUCUACCUCUUCUGCCAGGCCACAGGUCCGGCAGAUGUCCGCUUCAUCUGGGAGAAGAACAGACAUGCCCUGGAGACGUGUGUACCUGUCCAGACUCACAUGCUGCCUGACGGCAGGGCCCAUGUGCUCAGCUGGCUUCGUGACGCUGUCCGAGAAACCACCGAAUACAGCUGCUCUGUCCUCUCCUCAGCAGGGAACCAGACCUCAAAGGUUCAAAUCACUGUGCUGAGACAUGAGGCAUUCCAGCAAGAAAAGUGGAGCCAGGAACUUGCUGCAUGGCGAGCUGUUGCUGGGGAGCACGAUCGGCUGAUGCAGGGCUGGAGGAAGGCAUGGGAGAGCUGCAGCAAGGACAACUUCUAGCUACCUGAGACAGUCCUCAACAGAACCCAACUGACCUUGUUGACGCCAGUUGCAGACACACCUGAUGAAGGCACCAGCACCUACCACACCAAGCUGUUUUGGUCUUGGUUGGCUCCACACACACCCACUAGCCACUGCCCGAGUGGCCCCUCCUAGAGGCUGGGAAUUUCUAGGUCAGAACUCCAGUGGGCAUGAGACAGAGACCAGGACUCUUUUACAUUAGCUGUUUACAUAACAGAAGGAUCAGCUGCCAGGAGAAACAGGUAGCUGACCUGUUUGAGGCUCCACAUUCAAGCAGCUGAUGGAGCACCGUGCGACAGCUAACCUGAUGGCGGGCCACCCCUGCAUUAUCUCUAGGACUUCACUGCACACUCAUGCUCCUCCUCCAGAGUCAGCACAGCUAAUCUCCGCUCCGGUUUUGUGGAUCUAAGUCAAAUCUGUUGAUGUGGCCACCUAGUAAACAGGUCAUUGAUUUUUGUUUCAGGAUCCACUCUGGGACAGGAGAGGUGAGAUUUCAUGUGAGAAUAUUUUGCCUUAAACCUUGAGUGAGGAUGAGGAAGUUGCUCUUUGCUAAUCUCAGAACACAAGGCUGUUUUCCAAAGCACAGUGGUUCCCACCCAUGUUUACC